AUGUUUUCGAGCGGACUAUCCUAUGGUGGCUUACUAAACCUCAUGGAGAAACGAACAGGCCGAAUUACGUACUUGCCGACGACUUAUCGGUUGUUCAUUGUCAAAACAGUGAUUGAUGUGUGUUCUUCAAAACCAAUGCAGUGCCUCGACUUUGAAGACUUCGGUGUUUUCUUCGAUUUUCCUGAUCAAGACCGUCUUCUUAACGUGCUUUCCGCUAAAGCAUUACCAGAAAUGUUCGUUCGGUUAAUUGACGACAUGAACCGACGAGGAACUGCUGCCGUUGGAGCACCAGCCUGUUGUGUAUCAUCAUCGAAGUGA